UUGACAACUAACAAUGGAUUUUAAUCACAUAUCCAGCACGUGUGAAACCGAUGCCAUUUUAAAAACAAAAGAAAAUUAUAGUGUUGUGUGUGAUCUUCGUAAAAAUCUGGUUGAAGAUUGUGAAUCCGUAAGCGACAAUGAAAGUGAAAACGAAACUAUUGAUGUUAUUUGUGAAAACAGUGAUCGCAGGAGGUGUAAUGAAAAAAUACGAAAUAUAAUUCAAAACCCGUAUAUUAACGAACAUAGGGGUAAAUUUUACGAUCAGACUGGUACCGUAGUGCCUGCUAAAUUAAGAAGUGACAGUGUAAUAAAUGGAAAGAGUAAAACUUUUUUGAUUGAUAGUAUUUUAGGAAAUAAUAAGUGUAGUAAUGAAUCUAGAUCGCAAUCUGAAAAUGAACAAUUUGAGGGAGCAGCUGAUGAGCAUAAUGUUUCAUCGACGUCGUGUCCGGAGCUGAGCGCGUUGAGCGAGGGGCUGCUGGCCGGCCAUGCGUACGCGCAUUGGCUGGCGGCGCAUCAGCCCUCCACGACCUUCUUUGAUGAAAAAAACAACAGACGUCCGCGGCGUGCCGGGCCAGAGCGCAAGCCUCGCCAGGCCUACAGUGCCAAACAGCUGGAACGACUCGAAGCCGAAUUCAAAUUGGACAAGUACCUCAGCGUCUCCAAACGGAUGGAACUUUCCAAAGCCCUCGCCCUCACUGAGGUCCAGAUCAAGACGUGGUUCCAAAAUCGACGGACGAAGUGGAAAAAGCAGCUUACGUCGCGGCUGAAAAUUGCGCAGAGACAGGGGUUGUUUCCGGGUCAGAUAUUUGGACACGCUUCACAAGCGUAUUCGCUGUUGAAUCCGUAUGCCUACACCCCGCUUAGUUGUGUGUUUACCCCAGUAACAUUGCCGUCUAGUCCGCCGUAGGGUUGUAAACUUGAAGUGUUGGCAACGUUUUUUGAACGUAUAAAACAAGGAAAUCAAAUUGCUACUAAAAAGGUGUAUUCCGAUUUGAAGUGCUACACUUCAUUGGCCCUCAAUAUUGGCUAAUCAGGUACUGUCGGCCACAAAAGUUGUCGGAUGCUUUAAGAUGACAUUCGGAUAUCAACUGCAGCUGCAUUACUUUUGCGACGUACCUAGUUCUUAAAGUGACUUACGUGACUAAAUAAAUCUAAAUCUAAGCAAAUCUUAAAGAGAUCGUUCAAGAGGAAAUUCGGAAUCGCGGAAAUGCCAAAUUUGACAUGACUUUCUUAAAUAUCUCGUUAUCGUUUCUGUUUAAAUUCAUAUCUAGUUGAUAUCCAGAUCAUUGUUUGAAUUGGCCCGUAAGGCAUUUUACAAGUUUCUGUCACGUACCUAGUUCUUAAAGUGUGGUGCGACUUUCGGGCCAGCAUGGCAAGCCGUAUAGGUACAUAAUGGGCUCAAUGGGCCUAAGGCUAGGUUCACACGGCGUUAAUUUUUCCCGUAUACCGCAUACGAGAUUUUGUCUAAUACCGUAGUGUCAGCAAAAUUUGUAUGGCAACUUACAAAAUCGUUUACACGACGGCUAGACGGCUUUCCCGCAUAGACGCCAUGUGAACCUAGCCUAAAUGUUUCGUUAUAAUAAAAACAAUAACUUCGGAGCAUCGGCAUGGCCAUUCACAAGUUAACCGUCCUAUUUUCGUAAUGUUCAAAGUGCUAACUAUUUUAAUUGUAGUGCUAAAUGUACACAAUGAUCAACUUGCUAGUUUUGACACAUUGCUCAUGGCCUAAAUCAGACAGUUGUCAAAUUUACUGCUGUUAAAGCAAAUAAUCGGACGUGUGGCUAACACCAUUUUGAAACAGGUACCUAUAACAUUUGCUGGCUACCAUUGUCUCUUAUCUACAUAUACAAUUGGACCUAAAAGCGUGGCACUGGUAAAAAAAAAAUGCGUUUUGCGAUUAUCCAACCAUGUUAGUUGCAAAUCUUGUUCUGUUAGUAAUAAAUACUUACCAUCUCAGUAAUCAGUGUACAUUUUUGCUUAAAUUGUAAUUUAUACUUGUUUAAGUUGAUUUUAAAAAUAAGUAUCUAGGUAUCUAUAAUUUAUUUCCGCCUUAAUUGAAUUCUAGUAAGUGUUAAUUGUAUUAAUUAUGCAUUAGGUUA